GCAGGUUCAUAUUAAACCGAAUGGGUAUGGACUGACAGCACCAACCACCACUGUUGGGAAGAUCUUCCUCAUUUUCUUUGGGCUGAUAGGAUGUGCAGCAGCCAUUCUCUUGUUCAACCUCUUUAUGGAACGUGUCGUCACACUUAUAGCAUAUGUACUGAGUAGAUGCCAUGAGCAAAGACUGUGGAACAGCAGGCAAAGAACUGCUACUUCUCAUCUCACCACACAACUAAGUGGCACAGCAAGUAGACAGCAGGGUUGGAAGCCUUCUGUUUACCACGUAGCACUAAUUUUGUUGGCAGUUUGUUUUCUGGUAACAUGUGCUGCAUCAGGACUCUACUCUGCUGUGGAAGGUUGGAGCUACCUGGAGUCGAUGUACUUCUGCUUUGUGACCUUCAGCACUAUAGGUUUUGGGGACAUGGUGAGCGGGCAGCGAGAGCGCUAUGAAACAAGCUGGUUUUACCAGAUCCUCAACAUGUUGGUCCUCUUUCUUGGUGUCUGCUGUACCUAUUCUCUCUUGAACCUCAUUGCUAUCAUGAUGAAAGCAAUGUUGAACUGGAUCCUGGGCAAUGUGCUAUGUUUGAAUUGCUGUUCAGGGACUGGUUUGAACAAACACCAGCCUGAUCAGCUCUGCUGGUCUUGCUUCAUGUGUCCUAAAGUUGAAGAAUCUUAUUCUCCACAGCUUCAAAUCACCGCCAGCUGUUCUAGCCAACAUUGGAGCUGCCAUGUGAUUAAGCUCAACACAGGGAAAUGCAGAUGUGAGGGUUCUACAUUACAGACUGUGUGCCAGAGUGAGAUGCAUCGCACAGACAAAAAUGUUAUCUGUGAGCACAAGGUGUCAAAGGAUAACAUGACAGAAAAUUCACUUCAUGUGACCAGUGGCUGUCAGCAUAAUAGUCUGCCUGAGCUGAUGGGUGGCAUGGCCAUGUUAAAUAACUAUCUGCAAGAGACAAGCCUUAAUAGCUAAUCAGCUACUACUCAAUUUAGAGGACAUUCAACUAUGAGAACAAGUUUCAUGAAGCAUAUGGUAAACUCAUCAGGACUCAUAGUUUUGACUGAAGAGGACUAUUAUAGUUUUUGUGUCGUCAAUUUUUCCAGUCUAAAGUAGAUUGUAUAUUUUGGACAGAUACAUUGGCUCAGCUUCUGUUCUGCAUUUCUUCAUGAUCCUCUUUCUAGCCAGUAGAGGGACUUGAUUCUCAGUGACUUGGCAAUAACUUAAAGUUAAAACAAUUUCAGUCCUUUUCCCUUUCUUCAGUCAUAAUUAUAUCAAUAUGCUGAAUGUGAAGGAGCGUACACACAAAAAAAUUUAGAAAAACAUUUAAUAAACAUAUAACACAAUUAUGAUUACAAAUUAGACCAUAAUGUUCUGUAUAACAUAUUUUCACAUAAACAUGACCAUCUUCUUGUGAAGAAAGCGUAGUUUGGGUCUCAAGAUGUUUUACAGUGUUUCUGUGUAUAUAAAUAAAAUAGUAAAAUGCUUUGCUUUAAUCUUUGGUCUCUCUUGAGUCUCUCAUUAUCUAGAAUGAGGUGCCGUUUUGUUUUCUAAUCUGUCCAUCUAAAAUUUAUCCCAACAGAACUCCACAGCUGAUUUAGGUAUCUGUUGAUUAUGAUUGAAAUACACUUGUUAGUUGUAAAUGGUAAAUUACUUAGUAAAUAGAGAUUGAUGUCAGUGCAGUUCUUUGCUUUUAUACAGUAGAUGACAGUACUAAAGUUAUAUCAUCAUUUGGUAUGUAGUAAACAAUAUGUAAUUUGAAAUAUUGUCAAUGUGUUUUUUUAUUAUUAUUACUAAGACAUUUAAAUUACUUAUUAAAUUAGAUGAAAAUUAACCUAGAAAACUUUAAGGCUCAUGUUACAUUUCCCUUCUGUUUCUUUGUGUAAGUUGUCUCUUUCUCUCUCUCUCGAAAAGAGAAAAGAUCAAAUGUAUAGGGCUGAUAUUUCAAACAGCUAAAUAGCUUAAACGGAUAAUCACAUCCAAACUUUAUAUGUCUGCUCGGUUUACUCUGUAUGUAGAGUUUCCUUGCAUGUUGCAUGUUCUUCCAGUGUCCAUGUGGGUUUCCUGUGGGUUCUCUGGUUUCCUCCAGCCUCCCAAAAACCAUGCUGGUAGGUGGAUUGGCUAUGCUAAAUUCCAUUCCCCAUAAGUGUACGUGUGUGUGUGUUGUGUGUGUGUGUAUGCACCCAGUGCCCUGGGUUGGACUGCCAUCUCAUUUCGCGUGAACUAGGCUCCAGAUCCAUUGACCAGGAUAAAGUGAUGAAUGAAUGAAUGAAUGCUGCUUAGAUAUCUGGUUAUUUUCUGAUAUUAUGCAAAGAUGUUAAAGAUACAAAAUGAAUGAUGAUGAUUAUUAUUAUUAAUAAUAAUAGAUAUUGUUAUUAUUAUUAUUGUUA